GCAGACAAAACCACAAAAAGGAGAGGGAAAUAUCCAAAGAUUCAUGAAAUUGGAUUCUAAAAAAGAUAAUAAAAUCGACAUUUUGGUAUCGGACAAGGAGCGCUUCACCGCAUUUUCAAGACUAGUUAUUGUCUGUCCGCUGCCAGCUUAUAGUUCAGAACCCACCCACCAAAAACCAAGAGAGAAAAGACCCCGAAUAGCUUGGAAAGGGAAAUCAGGGUUCUUUCGGGUGGGGAAUUGAUCGGACUUUGGGUGUUUUUGGGGCUGAGGGGGAGAUGUCCACAGGUUAUAUGCGAAAAUCUUUCAAGGACUCUCUGAAAGUGCUGGAAGCUGAUAUUCAACAUGCUAAUACUCUGUGCAGGGCGUCGGAUUUUCCAAUGGAGCACGAUGGGGCAUGCCUUCAAAUGAGAAUGUCAUACGGUCCAGCUGCGCACCUCUUCUUGUUUUUGGUUCAGUGGACCGACAUUCACCUUGCAGGAGCCCUUGGACUGUUAAGAAUACUAAUUUACAUGGUUUAUGUGGAUGGAACUACCACGAUGUCUACGCAUGAAAAGAAAGCGAGCGUCAGAGAGUUCUAUGCUGUUAUCUAUCCCUCUUUGCAGCAACUUCAGAAUGGUGUCACUGAUACCGAAGAUAAAAGACAGAAAGCAGCAUGCAUGGAUAGGUAUCGUAGAAGAGAAGAUGAAGAGUGCAGACAGCUUGCUGAUGUUGAUUUUGAAAGAGAAGAAGAAUGCGGAAUAUGCAUGGAGACGGACAGUAAAAUUUUGCUACCAAACUGCAACCACACCAUGUGCUUGAAAUGUUAUCGUGAAUGGCGGUCAAGAUCACAGUCCUGUCCUUUCUGUCGUGAUAAUCUCAAGAGAGUUAACUCCGGAGAUCUCUGGGUAUAUACAGACAGCCGGGAUAUAAUUGACAUGACAACGGUGACAAGAGAGAAUCUUAGAAGGCUUUUCAUGUAUAUAGAUAAGUUGCCACUCAUUGUCCCUUAUACCAUUUUUGAUACUUAUGAUUCCCACCUACGGUGAUAACGCUCAAUCUGGCAAAUUUUAGCUCAUCUUGAAUGCAAAUUCUUUGUUCCCUCUUCUCACCAUAAGAAGAAGAAAAAAUCAUGCCCGAGUUGUUGUGGGCUGGUGCUGAAGUUGAGGUAGUUCAUCUACAAUUUAUGUAAUUGUAUUUAGUACAUCUGUACAUUCUCUGUAUAGCCUUAUGUUUUGAUUAUUAACAAAUCCUUUACCAAAUCA